AUGCUCUUCUACCCCAUAGAAUACGCCGGCGUGGACCUCUACCGGCAGAAGCAUGUUCCUUAUGGUCUUAUUGGCUGGCAGGGCGUCGUGCCCACGAAAGCCGACGUGAUGGCGGCGCGCCUCACGGACAUUGUCACAGCCAAGCUCUUGAGCCUCCCUGAGGCCUUUUCGCGCCUAGACGCGCCACACUUUGCCGCCCUCAUCCUGCCAAGCAUUGAGGAGUCCAUCCGUCAGGAGGCGCCCAACGGUGCGGCGUGGGCUCUGUUGCUGAAGCCUUUCCUGCACUGGGCACUCUGUCGGGUGGUGCGCGCACUGCAGAGAGACAUCUCAGAGGUUCUCGACCUUGAGGAGGUGGUGACGGAUGCAUUUCUCCGGGACGUGCGGGUUCUUGUGGAGCUCUUUCAGAGAGUGGGCCGCCGUGAGCUGGACUUCCUGGUGAUCUCAGGCCUCUACUUCGGUUUCCUCCUUGGCAUUGGCCAGAUGUGGAUUUGGGCCCAUGUGCCAAGGGCCUGGACGCUACCAGUGGCCGGGGCAGUCGUAGGCUACGUGACGAACUGGGUUGCCGUGAAGAUGAUCUUCGAACCCGUGGAGCCCGUGAUGGUGGGGCCCUUUCUUCUCCAGGGCAUGUUCGAGAUGCGGCAGCCGGAGGUCUCGGUGGAAUUCGCCGAGUUCAUCGCCUCGCGCGUUCUCACGCCCCCGCGUGUCCUGGAAGGCCUCUGCGACGGACAGAGGCAGCGCGAGUUUGCGGCUCUGGUUCGGGCCAACGUCCCCUUCAUCGUGCCGGACUCGGUUGUGGCUGCCGCCGUCAGCGGGCUAAGAAACUUGGUCGGCCCUUGGGAGAUUGUCAUAUUUCCCCUGAAGUCGCGAAAGCUGGCGAAGGAGCCCAAGAGCCAUGAGGCCCACGUCUACGCCGCGGAGGCCUUGGGCAUCGAGGCCACUUUGUCCCACCGGCUCCAGCUCUUGUCACCAAAAGAGUUCGAAGGCUUGCUACACCCUGUUUUCCAAGAGGAUGAGAUCAUUCUCAUCCUUGCCGGCGGCGUGCUUGGCGUCGUGGACUGGCGGCAGAUCUCGGAUGCGUUGCCCUCGCUCGCCGGCGAUGCCCCAGCUGCAGAGGCCGCUUUGCAGCUCCUUACGCUGGGCAACAACCUGGCUGAGGAGGUGAAUGUCACCUCCAGCAACGGUCGCAGUGUGUCUGGCCUACUACGCGGCUCAGUCACGUCGCUCUCUUUGGGGCGCAACCCCGCGGAUCAGAACUGGGGGCAGUGGGCCUCCUUCUUCGUCACGAGCGGCCCUCCAGCGCUGGAGGGCCACCGGCUCGUGGCAGGCAAGCGCGAAUCCGGCGAGCCCCUGUUCGAUCAGGCGACUGGAGAGCCAGCUUUACGGGCCGGCGACACGCUGUACUUCGCCAUGCCGGAUCGCGCCGCGCUUCUGGAGUUGGCUACUUACGACCAGCUCCCCGAGUUCGCCACGCAACUUGCAGAGUUGCUGAAGCAGGGCGCGGAUGA